CUUUGUAUUGAAUUCUUACCGGACUUGAAACUGCUUCGUUUCAUUCCUCAUCGAUUCCCUCUGCGAAGUUCUGAUUUUGCCCUGCAAUUCUAGGGUUUGGUUUUAGGAUCAAAAUCUGGGGUUUGUUUCGAAAGCCCUAAAAUCAAUAUUCAAAAGGCUAACGUUUCAGGGACCGUACAAUAGCUUUUCCAUGACAACUUAGGGUUUGUUUGGGUUUGAAUAUCAGAAUCUAGCGUUUCAGGAACCCUAGAGUCGAUAUCCGAAUUGGUAUGGCAAACGUCUCGGUGGCUGCAGAAUGGCAGCUACUCUACAACAGGUACUACCGGAAGCCGGAAAUCUACCCAAUGCAGUGGAAGCACAUCGACCUCAGUCGAAACAAGGUUGCCGGUGCCCCCUUCGGCGGCCCAAUUGCCGUCAUCCGUGACGACUCCAAGAUCGUCCAGCUCUACGCCGAAUCCGCCCUCCGCAAACUCCGAAUCUUCAACUCCGCCGGCGUACAAAUCUCCGAAACCGUCUGGAAACACCCUGGCGGCCGCCUCGUCGGCAUGGCGUGGACUGACGAUCAAACUCUCAUCUGCGUGGUUCAAGACGGAACCGUUUUUAGGUACAAUGUUCAUGCUGAGCUCCAAGAGCCGAACAUUUCAAUGGGCAAGGAGUGUUUUGAGCAAAAUGUGGUUGAGUGUGUGUUUUGGGGCAAUGGAAUGGUCUGUAUAACUGAGGCUAAUCAAAUUUUCUGUAUAUCGGAUUUCAAGAAUCCGAAUCCGUGUAAGCUUGCUGACCCAAAUUUGGAUGAGUAUCCACUUUGUGUAGCGGUGAUCGAGCCGCAGUACACAAUGUCGGGCAAUGUGGAAGUGCUUCUUGCGGUGGAUGAUCUUGUCUUGCUUGUUGAGGAGGAUGGUGUUCAGCAGUUGGGAGUUGGAAUUGGGCCGCUGCAGAAAAUGGUGGUAUCGCGGAAUGGGAAGUUGCUGGCAUCAUUUACACAUGAUGGACGGCUUUUAGUUAUAUCCACAGAUUUUUCGAAGAUCAUUUUUGAGUACAGUUGUGAGUCAGCUCUUCCUCCUGACCAGCUAUCUUGGUGUGGAAUGGAUAGUGUGCUACUUUAUUGGGAUGAUAUGCUUUUGAUGGUGGGUCCUUAUGGGGAUCCAGUGCGCUAUCUUUAUGAUGAACCGAUAAUUCUUAUCCCAGAGUGUGAUGGAGUGAGAAUACUUUCAAAUACAAGCAUGGAAUUUCUGCAACGAGUUCCUGAUUCCACCGUGUCCAUCUUUAAGAUUGGAAGCACACUACCUGCAGCCUUAUUGUAUGAUGCCUUGGAUCAUUUUGAUCGGCGUAGUGCCAAGGCGGAUGAAAAUUUGAGAUUGAUUCGCUCAUCCUUGCCUGAGGCUGUUGAAGCAUGUAUUGAUGCUGCUGGUCAUGAAUUUGAUGUUUCACGGCAACGUACACUACUAAGAGCUGCGAGCUAUGGCCAAGCCUUUUGCAGCCAUGUUCAACGUGAUCGUUUUCAAGAGAUGUGUAAGACUCUACGGGUCUUGAAUGCUGUCCACAACAGUGAGAUUGGGAUCCCUCUUAGUAUUCAGCAAUACAAGUUGCUUACAGCACCAGUUCUGAUUGGUCGAUUGAUUAAUGUGCAUCAACACCUUCUUGCAUUACGGAUAUCAGAAUAUCUUGGCAUGAACCAAGAGGUGGUCAUAAUGCAUUGGGCAUGUUCAAAGAUAACGGCAUCAUUAGCAAUUCCUGAUGCCACUCUCCUUGAAAUCUUACUUGAUAAGCUCAGAUUAUGCAAAGGCAUAUCUUUUGCAGCUGUUGCUGCUCAUGCAGAUAAAAAUGGCCGUCGGAAACUAGCUGCUAUGCUUGUUGAACAUGAAUCACGUUCUUCCAAGCAGGUUCCUCUCUUGUUAAGCAUAGGGGAGGAAGAUACAGCUCUGACUAAGGCAACUGAAAGUGGUGAUACUGACCUUGUUUAUCUAGUUCUCUUUCAUAUUUGGCAGAAGAGGCCUGCACUGGAGUAUUUUGGAAUGAUACAGGCCAGACCCCUGGCACGCGAUUUGUUCAUAACUUAUGCAAGGUGUUAUAAGCAUGAAUUCCUAAAGGACUUCUUUCUAUCUACUGGGCAGCUUCAAGAUGUUGCUUUUCUGUUAUGGAAAGAGUCGUGGGAACUAGGAAAGAAUCCCAUGGCAAGCAAAGGAUCUCCACUUCAUGGUCCACGGAUCAAGAUAAUUGAAAAGGCCCAAAGUCUUUUCUCAGAAACCAAAGAACAUACCUUUGAGUCAAAGGCUGCUGAAGAGCAUGCUAAAUUGAUAAGAAUUCAACAUGAGUUAGAAGUGACUACUAAGCAGGCCAUUUUUGUUGAUUCAAGUAUCAGUGAUACGAUUCGCACAUGUAUUGUACUGGGAAAUCAUCGUGCUGCAAUGAAGGUUAAAACAGAAUUCAAGGUUUCUGAAAAGAGAUGGUACUGGCUUAAAGUUUUUGCUUUGGCUACAAUCAGAGAUUGGGAUGCCCUAGAAAAGUUCUCAAAAGAGAAGAGACCACCAAUUGGUUAUCGGCCUUUUGUGGAGGCUUGCAUUGAUGCAGAUGAGAAAGGUGAAGCACUAAAAUAUAUUCCCAAACUUACAGAUCCACGGGAAAGAGCUGAGUCUUAUGCUCGGAUUGGCAUGGCCAAGGAAGCUGCAGAUGCUGCUUCUCAGGCAAAGGAUGGUGAAUUGCUUGGUCGAUUGAAGUUGACUUUUGCACAAAAUGCUGCAGCUUCAUCAAUAUUUGAUACUCUUCGGGACAGAUUAGGAGUCGCUUAGUCUAUUCUUCCCCCAUUUGUUUUUCUCUUACCUUUCCCCUUUAUUUGCAUUUUGGUUUCAGUUUUGUAUGCGUGUUGUGUGCAUAUCUUUUUAACUUAUCUUGGGCUGACACAAGGUCAGAUGCUCUGUGACUAUGUGGUUGUAACCACUGAAUCUACAGCUUGUAAUCUUUUAGAAGUUGGUUUUUUAAGGGAAUCGGAUUUUAAGUUGCCACUGAGGAACCUGCUUGGGCAUGGUGAAUCUUCUUUUCGAUUUUCUUUGUAUAUUAAAUCUUUGUAUGAAUACAGUCAACUUUCUUUGCCGGUUGUCUAAAAGAAGCCAAUCCUUCCAUGA